AUGUACCUGUGGACCAAGCUCUUAGUACAUGGCAUGCCUUUGUUCUUUCUGCUCAGUCUUGUCUCCUGUACGGAGACAGACAAACCUUCAACCCAGGACAGCAGCAGCCCUGGGAAUCCAGGGCAACUGGGAGAAAUACUACGAGUUCUCACUGCUGGUGAUCACGCGCCUCUCAACCACUCCAGGAACCUCAUCAAAGCAUUGCUGGAGAAGACUGGGUGCCCGCGGACACACAGGAUGCGAGGAGACUGUCGCCUGUGUUUCGAACCAGAUGCACUGUUACUAAUUGCUGGGGGAGAUUUUGAAGAGCGGCUGCAAGAAGAGGUCAUCCAGAGAGUCUCCCUGCUCCUCCUCUAUUACAUUAUUCAUCAGGAAGAAAUCUGUUCUUCAAAGCUCAACAUGAGUAAUAAAGAAUAUAAAUAUUACCUACACAGCCUAUUGAGCCUCCGGCAGGAUGAAGACUCCUACUUCCUUUCACAGAAUGAGACAGAAGAUAUCUUGGCCUUCACCAGGCAGUACUUUGACACUGCCAGGAGCCAGUGUAUGGAAACUAAAGUGCUGCAGAAGAAAUCUGGAAUCCUGAGCAGUGACGGUGCUGAUGAAAACACCCUUCCUCGGUUGGCCGCGAGCAUCAUUGCUCUAUCCCUCCAAGGGGUUUGUUUGGGACGAAGAAACUUGCCUUCCCCGGACUAUUUUACUGAAUAUAUUUUCCACUUCUUGAAUAGUACAAAUACUCUCCACCUAUCAGAACUGGACCAACUCCUCAAUAUUAUUUGGGCCAAAAGCACCUGUAACAAAAAAGAUGAAAACCAUCGACCCGAAAGGAAACAAGGCAACAUAGGGGUCCAUGCUUGGGACUACACUAACCUUUCUAUGUCUAUGGACCAAGAGUCAGAUGAUGGUUCAGUGUCCUGGGAUCAGACUUGCUUCUCCGCGAGGCAACUGGGGGAGAUAUUUUUACAGAACAGCCUUUCACCCAUUUCUAAGGAGGACUUCAAACACAUAAGUCCAGGGAUCAUCCAACAGCUCCUCAGCUGCUCCUGCCAGCUGCCCGGGGACCAACAAGUAAAGCUUCUGCCAAGCACUCUAGAGAAAUAUGGCUACAGCACAGGAGCUGUGAUGCUUCUCACUCUGGGCUCCAUGCUUGGGACCGCUCUCGUCCUUUUCCACAGCUGUGAGGAGAACUACAGUCUCAUUCUACAGCUCUUCGUGGGCCUGGCUGUUGGGACUCUCUCAGGGGAUGCGCUGCUCCACCUUAUCCCUCAGCAGGACCUCUCACUGGUUAAUGGGCACGUGGGACAUUCCCACCACUUCGCACUCAACCCUGAGUUAGGUGACCAGUCAGGCAAAGGCGAAUCUGCAUCAACUAUCCAGUUGAAAGGCCCAGAAGAUUCACAGACAGCUGAAAUCUCUGUAGCAAGCAUGACAAGAUCCAACAGAAAAUGCAAAACCAUGAACUUAUUAGCAGUGAUGAUACUGGUUGGGGACAGCCUGCAUAAUUUUGCUGAUGGCCUAGUCUUAGGAGCAGCCUUCUCAUCUUCAUCUGAGUCAGGAGUGACCACAACAAUUGCUAUCUUGUGUCAUGAAAUUCCACAUGAAAUGGGAGACUUUGCUGUGCUCUUAAGCUCUGGACUUCCUGUGAAGACUGCCAUCCUGAUGAAUUUUAUAAGUGCUCUGACUGCCUUCGUAGGCCUGUACAUUGGCCUGUCCGUGUCUGCUGUCCCGUGUGUCCAGGACUGGAUCCUAACGGUGACAGCGGGCAUGUUCUUGUACUUAUCCUUGGUGGAAAUGCUUCCUGAAAUGACUCAUGUUCAAACACAACGACCCUGGAUGAUGUUUCUUCUGCAGAACAUUGGAUUGAUCCUAGGUUGGCUUUCUCUCUUACUCUUGGCUAUAUAUGAACAAAACAUUAAAAUAUAAAUUAAGAUUCUCAGAAUCCUUCAAAAGUGAAUUUGUAGGACCUUGUUUAAUUUCCUCCAUUGUACUCUAUGAUGAUUAGUAAACAGUAUUUUUAUCCUAGGUGAAGACUGUGUCUUUUAUUCAUUAACUUAUUAAUUUUAUAAUGCACUUUUGUUUUGGGGAAUAUAUAAAGGUCAG